UCGUCUAAUGUGUCGCGGUCUAUAACCGCACGUAACUCACAAGUUCCCUUUGCUUUAAGGGCUUUGUUUCACAUUGAAAGAUACAUUUCUCUGUGCUACAAGCGUAAGCCUUUCGGAAUUUUUGUAGAGGUGAUUGAUUAAUGAGGGUAAAUUUAUAUUUGCAGAGUAUAAAAUUGCAGACAUUUUAACAGAAACCUUUUGAUAUCAUCUUAACAGUGUAAAGUAUGUCGAUUGUAAAAGAUUUAAACGUUGAUGAUUUGAAGCGUGUGAUAACUAUGCAACAUCGUGAACUUAUGGUUAAGAAUGAACGUUUGAAAGGUGUACAAGAUUUGACUCGCAUUUGCAGUGAAUUGGAAGAGAAACGCGCUCACUGGCAAACAAAAGCAGAGAACUUCGAGACGGGUCUCAGCAAGGCAGAGGCAAGGAUUGCGUAUUUGCAGAAAAAACUAGGCAUUGGACCACAAUCGGCGUUUAAAAUCGAUGUCGUAAACCCUGGAAUAUCGAAGAAGGAUUUCAACAGAAUUACUCAGGAGAAUAUGAAAUUAAGGGAAGCACUGGAUCACAUUGUCGCCACAGGUCUGGGUGGCGAUAAAAUUGCUUUAAAAAACAAAGAAUUAUAUGAAAUGGUGAUUCGACUUCAAGAUGAAAUAAGCCAGUUGAAUUACCAAAUCAAUGAAUUACAGUCAAUACUGAAUGGCAAGGACAAUGAACUAAUGAUAAAAGUUAAUGAUCUCCUAACGGAAAAGAUUCGAAUAGAAAGGUUAAUGAAUGCCAAGCAAUAUUUUGCCGAAAAACUAUUAAAAGAAAAUGAACGUCUCAAAGGUUUAGGUAAGAAAAUUGCCUCGCGCGAACUUGAUGAUGAUGAUGAUGUUAUUGAUGGGAAAGAAGAUGUUAGGAAUGUGACUCGUGAAGAAGAAAAAAGGGUUGACGAAGAUGUUCUCAAUGCAAGAGUGGAAAAAAUGACAAGAGAAAUUCACGAAAAAGAUAAGCUCAUUCAAAGUCGUGACGAUAAAAUUGUGGAAAUUGAAACGAAAUUACAAGAUUCGUUAAAAAAAAGUGAGCAUCUUGAAGAAGAAUUGAAAAAAGCAAAUGAAAGAAAGGAGAAAAGUGAAGAAGAACUGAAUAAUGUAUCUAAGCGAUGUGCUGAUUUACAGAAAAAAUGCACUGGUUUCUUUAAUCAAGUCGUCAGCUUAAACUCUAAACAGCAAGAAUCAGAGGAAGAGAUAUCAUCAUUAAAACGAAAAAUCGAAAGUCAGCGUGUUCAAGAGCAGGAUAAUGAAGCAAUGUUGAUCAUGAUGCGAGAUUCAAUUAAAAACCACGAGCAUGAUUUCCGUCGUGAAAACGAGGAAAAAAUACAAUUGAGGAAAAGAAAUGAGACGCUGCAGAAAGAGAAUGAAAUUUUGAAGAGAGAAAAUCAAUCUCAUACGAACACUGCUCGUCGCUUUGAAAGAGAAACCGAGAAAGUGAACAGCCUUUUGCAAGAAGAACGUAUGAGACGUAAGCCUACAGCUAGCUUCCCAACUGCCUUCGGAUUACCUUUAGGAGCAGGCAUGAAUUCAUUUCAGAACCUCACAUCUCCAGGGAUCGUUGUUGCAGAUAGCGCUAGAAAUGAAUCUAACGACUUAAGACAUGAUGGCAAUUCGACGACAGCAGAUUCUUCUUCGACACUUAUUGAAUGUCCAUAUUGCUCUCGACAUUAUCCAUAUCAUCUUAUUGAAAGUCACGUGCAAGAUUGUAUGGAAGAUUCAUUAUAUUCAAACGAUUAACCCCGGCUUAUCUUAAAACAUGUGUACACGUAUUGGCAACUAUAUUUGCUUGACGUUGUGUGAAGGAGGCAUUCAAGUCCUUUGAUGAGCAAAAAUUGAAUAUAUCGUGGAAAUCAUGAGCGUUUUGUUGAGGAAAUGCGGGAAAUAUUCUGGUCUGUUUUUCGAGAAACCACAGGAACAUUGCAGAGAAGCUAAUAAAACCAGGUUCUCAGGGCUGUCAGUUCGACCAUUUGCCCGGGCAACGAAAGAUUAUUGGAGAAAUGUAAGCUUUUGGUAAAACGUAAAGUUUACUUAAUGAUCUGAAUGAAAAAGGGAAAAAGCGUUAAAUGUUUUGCCACAUCGUGGGCUCAAAUGUCAGUCUACUGCAAGUUAAAAAACUUUUUUGUCAUGUCAUCGUUUUUUAUUCAAGUGAGAACUGCUUGGCUUUGUGCUUUAAAAAAUGGAGAAUUGGUCUUUGAAAUGUCGAAUUCAUAAUUGCAAAUUUUUGAAGCUCGCAUGACGUUGGUAAAUCUCGUCUGGUGUGUGUGUGUGGACCUUGCAUCUGUCAUGAAAAUAAUGCUGCAUAUUAACUUUCGAAUCCAAGCCCAUGAACUAAUAGAGAGGCUUCAUUGAAUUUUGUGCAAAAUCCGUACUUUCGAUCUGAAAGAAAGUAUACUUCGGAGAUAAGGUUCAUCUUGAAUUUAAUAUUUUUAGAAAAGGGAUACAAUUUUACAACAGUGAUAUUUUGAAUUUAUAUCAAAUUCUUAAUGAAUAUUAUUGUAAAAUUGUCUUCUUUAUCUCAAAUAUUAAAUAAAAAAUGAACAUUUUAUCGCGAAUAUAUAUAAAUGUAUCUUACUUAAUGAAAAUGUAGGCUUCAACUUCAAUUAGUCCACUUUGACGGAAGAAGCAAAAAUUGAAAGGAUUGAUUUAAAUGUACUUCAUGGCAGAAAUGAAGAAAUGACACUAAGUUUAACUGCUCUAUGUUUGUAUCGUCAUGGCAGGAAUGAAGAAAUGACACCACGUUUAACUGCUUCAUGUUGGUAAAACUUGGACGAAGAUAAUGGUAAAAUCAUCAUCAUCAUGAUCGAUUCUUUUGAGUUACCUAGAUUGAUUAUUGAUUUUAAUGAAAUGUUAUAUUAUAAUACUCUCAGAAUUGCAGUAUUUUCAUGAGCCUUA